AUGAGCGCGGACUGCACAAGUUAUUACAAUGCUGAUAAAGUCUUUGUAAACGCAUUCACGUGCCCCAAGCCGGACAGCGAUGGAAAAGACGUUUUUUGCUGUGGGUUCAACGACAUCAAGUACUGCUGUGAUGACCCGAACAGCUUCUUUCCUUACGAGUAUGGGUAUAUGUGGUGGCUGAGUGUAGGGGCAUUAGUGGGCUUGUCAAUAGCCGCUGUGGUUCUUCUGGCCUUCAUCAUCACCAUCUGUGUCCUCUGCUACCUGUUCAUUGCCACCAAGCCACGAGGGUUGGACAGUGGGCUCCCGCUCAGAGCACCAGGUUCCGAGCCCAGUCCUCAGGAAGGUCCAAGCCAGUCCACCGACCCUGUCGGUCCCCAGGGUUUCCGAAAAUAUUUCCUAAGAGGCAGACUGGACUGUGACAACCAGCCGCCGGAUCCUGACCGCCUCUUUCAACGUUGUUUCAUGGCAACAGUCACCACCGUCAAUGUGGAGGGACCCUCAUAA